CCAGAGAGAGAGAGAGAGGGAGAGAGAUGAAGAAGCCCUCUGCGGCGGACCUUCUGGUUUCUCCUCUGGAUACGGCCAGCCCGAAUCGAUCGCCGGCCGGAACGCCGAAGCAGUUCGAGUUCAAUUUGGGAGCCUUCAACACUGCCUCAUCUUCGAAGAGGAAGAAGAGGAACAACAACGUCGGAACAAGCUCUAUUCUGAACCAGGCUAUUGGAUCACCACCGCAUCUGAAUACGCUAAGUUCCAUAUCUGAUCUGAAGGCUAUGGCCUCUUCGCGCUUGGAAUCCGUUAAGCGCUACCUCGAGCGCUCGCAUUCCGAGAUCCUCAAGGAUAUUGACAGUUCUCAAUCUCGUCUCCACAAACGAGUCAAGGCCUCUCUCUCUCUCUCUCUUCUUGUUCAGUCACGCACCCUAAAACAGAAUUUCUCUCAUAUCCAGAUGCAAGCAUGCCAGCAAAUUAUGGAUGAAUCAGAUAAGGAAUAUAAGAAAACUGCUGAACGAAUUAGCCAAACUAUGGAAGCUAUCAAGGCUGCAUACUUGGAGAUCAUGGCAGAAGCACAGGCCAAGGGAUCUCGUGCGUGCAAGACAUCAAUUCCUGAGCUCUCACGGUCAUUUGAAAAAGCCCUUGACAUUCUCAAAAGCCGCUACGGAAUUCAAUCAACUGCAGCAUAACCAGCCCCCUCUAUCAUUGCGCUCAAACUUGAGUUUGUGACUUGCAUUCUGGAAGGAAUCAAUUUCUGCAGCAGAGAUGGAAGGCAAACUCUAUACGGCACAGACAAGUAUACAUGUGAUGCAAUUCAAUUUCAUUUUAGUAGUAGAAUCUAAUAGCUUCCUAUUUCUUACGCCAUCUAUGCGAACUUUUUGACCCAAGAAGAGAAAGGGAAAACCAAUAAGCAAAAGACACAAGUUAGUAUUGAAACAACUGUAUGCUUCUGCAAAUUUUCACUGCUUCAAUUCUCAACGUUUUUUAACCAUUUAGUAUGGUACAAUACAUAA